AUAUUCUCAACCGUCAAAAUGGUCCAAAUGUUGGACAUCACAGCAAUUUGAUAUUUUUGGGAGCUAAAAUCUUACAUCUGUUGGUACAAUAAUUGUUGGUGCACCCCGAAACGCAUACCUGAUUGGCGAUCUCGUACCACGGUUAUGACCUAACAUCUGAUACAUUGUACCUCCGUACAUAUGCUUCCUUCGUUCUUCUCUUCUCUCUGUUCGUGUCUGUUUGAAUUUCUCUAAUCGCGAUCGACCUUGGAUGAUGCUUCUCUCGACUAUUGCAUUAUUUUGCUUGUCGUUUGCCAGUAAUGUCAAGGGACAAGAGGAUGCGCAAAGCCCGUUGACUCCUGAUGGCGGGAGCGGCACAGCAUGUCACAACGCGCUCUCGUGAAUGUUCUCGGCGAAAAAGUUCAUUACCAAGAGAUACCAUCGUCGUUAUUCGAUGCUUAUUUUUCCACCCAACAACAAGAAGUUGUUCCGGCUUGUGUAGUACUUCCGGGUUCGGCUCAAGAUGUUUCACAGGCCAUCAAAGUCAUCACUCAGCAUGAGUGUAUUUUUGCCGUGAAGAGUGGUGGCCAUGCCAUGUUCACCGGCGCUUCGAAUGCGCCUGAAGGGAUCACGAUUGACUUGCGAAACCUAAAUAGCCUGCAGAUAUCUGAUGACAGAAAGAUUACAGCCAUUGGGUCAGGGAAUAGGUGGCUGAACGUGUACGAUUAUCUGGACCCCUUCAAUGUGACAGUAGUGGGAGGCCGAGAUGUUGAUGUUGGAGUGGGAGGCUUCUUGUUGGGUGGAGGGAUAUCAUUUAUAUCUCGUCGCCAUGGGUGGGGACUCGACAAUGUCUACAACUAUGAGCUGGUUCUGGCCAACGGCUCAAUUUCCAUUAUCCAUAGGGCUUCGAAUCCUGAUCUUUACUGGGCUCUCAGAGGUGGCGGCAAGAAUUUCGGUAUCGUAACUCGUUUUGACAUGUUCACGCAUGUUGAUACCGAGAUGUGGGGUGGCGUCAACAUUUUGCUCUUGGAUGAUAUGCACGAUCGACUUGCUAUUCUUGGGAUUCCGCGCAAGUUCGAAUGGACUACUACUGCACUGAUUGGAAAGACAGCAGAGUAUAUCAACAAGCUCAUAUGCAAAGUAGGCUACUGCAUAAGCGUUGAUGACGUUGCAAGUAUGCUUGGGGAAAUUGCCCUUGAGGCUGAGAACGACAUAUUUGCUCACGCUUGGGCUGUGCCCAUCUUCUUCUCUUCUAGCCAGACAUAUCUGAUAUCUGCUGAGAUGAACCACGGAAAAGGGGUGGAAGGAGCUCCUGGAUUUGGGGCUCUACAUCGGGCGAAGAAGGUGUAUAAAACGAAUCGAGUGGCUCGUACAGCUGAUUUUGCAAGGGAAAUCACAACUUUGAACACCGGAGGCCGCUGCUCGUAUGAAACUGCAACCUUCAAGCUCGACGCAGAUCUUCAAAAGGAUAUCAUGCAUAUAUAUAUCGAGGAGACUGAAAAGAUCAGGCACCUAAAGCACUUAUUAUCGAGCAUACCAAUGCAAAUCAUCACCAAAGCCGAGAUUGCGCACUUCUUGAAGAAUGGAUCGAAUUGCCUCGGACUGGAUCCCGGAGACGGACCAUUGCUGCUACUAGAGACGGCCAUGCUUUGGACAGAUCCAAAAGAUGAUGCAACAGUGCUCCAAACAAGCAAAAACAUUCUCGACCGUUCCAUUGCACUUGCCAAAGAACGUGGCCUUCACCAUCCUUUUCUUUAUCAGAACUAUGCUGGAAAGAGACAGGAUGUAUUCGGAUCCUAUGGAGAAAAGAACUUGGCACGAUUGCGCAAGAUUCGAGAUGAAUACGAUCCAGAUCAUGUCUUCACUAGACUUUCGCCUGGAUAUUUUAAUGUAUAGAUAGAUAUUUUGAUUGAGGU